AUAAGAAAGCAAAUAAACUAUUUACAUAUUUAUUUUUAUUUCCCUCUCAUAUUUCACCAAAAAGCCCCUAAAGAAACAUCCUUUCCUCCGCCCCACCAAAAAUGGAGCACAAAAGAGAAAAGCCAUGGCUUUAGGUCUGAUGUGAUGGAAUCUGUCGUAUAUUUAUUCAAUUCUGCACUGUUUCGCUCUGACACAUUGAGAUACGAGUCAGGCUUUCCCUGCUGGAAGAUCACUUCCAAUCCCCCCUCCUUCCUCCUCACUCCUUCCUCUUAAACUCUACGUUCUGCUCCCUCUCUUUCCCCAAUGAGCGAGAAAAUACCUGCAAUAUCUCUCUUCCUCUAGUAUAGACAUAAUAUCAUUACAGCUGCUCUUCUGUCCUGCCACACUGCAUCGCAAAGGAAUAAGAUACGGCUGAAGUUUAAAAAAAACACAAAAAAAAUGAGAUUUUGAAUCAGAAACUUGAGCAAGUCCUCCAUAUAAACUGUUCCAAUUUCCAAAAGUUCAGUUAUCCGUCUCCUCUGCUUCGUUGCUCUCUAAAAGAGGCGCCUUUAUUUCUUCAGGUAAAGCUAAUAUUCAUCCAUCUUCAUCUCCUCCGUCAAAAUUGAAACUUUCAUUGUGUUCCCAUAGAACUAUGGUUAAUGGCUCCAUCAAAAUUGAAACAUUCAUUAUGUUCUCUUAUAACUAUGAUUAAUGGCGUUUUUAUUUCUUUCAGUUAAGGCAAGAUAAGAUAAUAUCCUUCCCAAAUGGAGAACUUCAGCCACCAUUUCCACAGCAAGGAAGUCCAUCUCCCACCUGGCUUCCGCUUCCAUCCAACCGAUGAAGAGCUGAUCACUCAUUACCUCCUCAAGAAAUUACUCGACUGCAACUUCACAAGCAGAGCUAUAGCAGAGAUUGAUCUCAACAAAUGCGAGCCAUGGGAGCUUCCAGCUAAGGCGAAGAUGGGAGAGAAGGAAUGGUAUUUCUUCAGUCUGCGAGACAGAAAGUAUCCAACUGGACUGAGAACGAACCGGGCUACUGAGGCCGGAUACUGGAAGGCGACGGGGAAGGAUAGGGAGAUUUAUAGUUCCAGGAGCGGGUUUCUUGUGGGGAUGAAGAAGACUCUGGUUUUUUACAGGGGAAGAGCGCCUAAGGGAGAGAAGAGCAGUUGGGUCAUGCAUGAGUAUAGACUGGAGGGCAAGUUUGCUCAUCACUCUGUAGCUGGUUUUUCAAAGGAUGAGUGGGUGUUAUGCAGGGUGUUCCUCAAGAUCGCCGGCCUGAAGAAAAGCCGCGCCACCAUCGCCGCCACUUUCUCCGGCGACCUCGCCGGCGGUUCAACGUGCGACAGCGAGACGUCAUUCAACAGCUUCGAGAGAGAUCACGUGCCCUGCUUCUCCACAUCCGCUUCCACACUCGCCGGAAGUCACUUUCCUGCCGCCGCACAAAUCCCAUACGCUUCGCCGGCAUUUUCUAAUCUUUAUCUGCCGUUCUCCCUCUCGGCGUUUGGGCAGCCCGGGGGCGUGCAGAGGGGCGGCGAGAUGAAUCACGGAGGAUCAUCAUGGGCGUUCGAUCUUGAACGGAAGGUGGGGAGCACGGAGUUGGACUGCAUGUUGAAUUUUUGAACUCCAGGGACUUUGAUUGUGCUUGUACUGAAGCUUAGUUGUAUUUCUUUCUACGAUUUUAAGUGGAUGACAUCAUCAUCAAAAUAUAAAUACCCUAU